CCUUCCUCGGACCAAUCAUCAGGAAGAGUGGGGAGAGAGGCGAGAAGGAGGGGGCGGGACCAAACGUCUCUUCCGCCCGUUGCCCCGGAAGGGUGAUGUGGCUGGGGGUAUCGGAGGUCUCACUAUGUCUGCCAUUUUCAACUUUCAGAGCCUACUGACAGUAAUCUUGCUGCUUAUAUGUACCUGUGCAUAUAUCCGAUCCUUGGCUCCUAGCCUCUUGGACAAAAAUAAAACUGGACUGUUGGGUAUAUUUUGGAAGUGUGCCAGAAUUGGUGAACGAAAGAGUCCCUAUGUGGCAGUAUGCUGUAUAGUAAUGGCUUUCAGCAUCUUGUUCAUCCAAUAGCUAGAAAAUGCCAGAAUUUAAUUGCUGUCAGAUUUCUAUAGAUAAAGGACUUGCCUACAGAAAACAAUGGGAAGAGUGAUUGUUGACCCUUUCAGCUGUGUACCUGGACUGAAAGAUUCCUGGCUGCUGUUCUCAAUUAUAUGUGUUAAUGGACCAAGGUUGUUCUCUAUAAAUAACUAAGAUGCAACUGUUAAUACCAGAAUAGAUUGAUAUCUGCAUAAGAUCGACCUUAUUUAUAGUUCUGCCACUACAAAGACAUUCUGUAAAUGUCAUUCUUUUAUGUCACCUGUUGAUCUACAGGAGGUAUUUCUAUUGCAUAUGGUAGAAAGCAAACUUGGUCAAUGACUGCUCAAGUUCCUUUCUAUAUGAUUCGCGGGAAAAUUGUAUCCUUGUAUGAGAACAUUUCUAUAAAGAACAUUUUUUUUAUUUGAGAAAAAUAGUCGAAUAUUAUGCAAGUGUUCAUAAAACUUGCAUUUGUAUCUAAUAAUGCUUUAAACAUGUUAUCUCUGGCCAGCUCAAUUUGUACUGAGUUUUAUCUGUAGCUCACUCUAUUUUCCAACUUUAUGAAGUCAGUCUAUGCAGUACAUAUAUGGAGAAAUUGCUAAGAUUGUAUGUAAGAGUGUUACAAGAAAAGUAUUGUUUUUAGUUCCCAUUACAAAAAAAAAAAAAGAAUUCUUAUAGAUUUUCUCAGUUAAAGCAAAGAACUAUCAGGACAGUUUACUAGGGCAUUUCCCCAUAAAAUCUGGAUCUACAUAUGUCUAAAGCAUUUAUUCAAAUACCUGCUGCUAAAGAAAAAAUAACAUUUGAAAGAUGAAGUGAACUAAUUAGAACAAUUGUGAAAUGAUGGUUUCUAUGUGUGUCAUUGAUUUGGAUCUCAAGUCUUUAAUAAUAAAACAGUUGUUUUCAUUGCCAGAAAUUCAAACUGUUUAAAAAAAAAAGGGCCUUGAAAAUAGAUCAAUUGAUCCAUACAAAUGAUUUUUUUUUUCUGGACAGCUUAAUCUCUUGUCUUUUAGAUGUCUAAAGAUAUAUAACUAGUAAAUGCAGGUACUGAGCUGUAUCAAAUCCAUUAACUUAGUAUUCUCUGUUCUUAAAAAUAUUUGAUACAAAUUGCUCUCAGCUUGAACAAAAGAAUUACAUCAAUAACUUUUAAAACAACAAAUUAUACAAGUGCAAUUUAUGUACUCUAGAAGAGUGCAGUUAUUUUUAUGGGUCUUCAAGGAGAAAGCAAAAGGGAAAUUUUCAUGAUUGGGUACACUUAAAAUUUCUUUGUUUCAAUGGAAAUUCAGUCAGUUUCAAAGUAGAGUUCAAAAGUUGUGAAACAUUUAAUUAUUUUAAGUGGUUUUCUUAUGUUGGCAGAUUGUAGACCAGUUUAAUAAAACUUUUUCACAAAUAUUGGUGUGAACACAUGCAUAAAUGGAUUCGUUGGGCAUUAAUUAGCUUCCACUAUUUGAGACCUUUAUUGCUCAGUUAUUUGAUCCAGAUCUGUACUGUGUCCAAUGGGAUCCAACCUUUUGAGAGAAAUAGUAAAUGUCAAAUCUGAGAAGGGCCAUAGAAAGCAUUCAAAGUAUUUUCUUUCUUAUUUAUGACUUAAAAAUUGGUAAGAAUUGUAUCAGAAUACUUCUACUAAAUUAAAAAUUGUCCUCUAGAGAAAAUCUUAGUCACUCUUUUCAGCCAUACUGCUCAAGAAAAAGUGAAAAAAAAACCUCGUGUGGGUUUUUUUGAUACAUCCAGAAACAGUCUUGAAAAUUUCUCAUUUGUAGAACAUUAUUUUGUUUUGUUUUCCAUUUUUUAAGUUAAUUUUCAAGGGAGAAGAAAGUCAUGGAAAUAAAAUCUUUUAUAAAAAAUUA